AUGUCCACCUCGAUCCAUCAUCCUCCUCAACAACCUCACUGCAAUGAUUCAUCACCUGUUCAGGACCACCAUCCUUCUCGUCGGAAUGAUGAUCAGCAACUUGAAGAACACCACCACCACUCUGACCAUCACCCACAUGACUCGGAUUAUUGUUCGACACCAUGCGUUUGUUGCACCACCACCACCACCAUUCCCACCACCACCACCAAACAAUCUCUCACCUUGGAUCCAUUGAUGAAAGGUAAUGAUGAAUAUUACCUCGAUCCUACAAUCACAUCAAUGACCACAACAACAACAACACCACUCACCACACCACUCACCACACCACUCACCACAAUGACCAUUUCCAAACUCAUUCUCUCCUUCUCUCUCAUUGUUCUUCUCUCCUUCUUUAUUUGUUACUUGUUAUUGAGUCAUAUUUUACCUCCACUCUCUCACUCUGAAUAUGAAUUAUUGAUCAAUAACAUUCCACCCAAACAAUUGAAUCAAAUCAAAGUAUUUAUACAUGUUCUAUCCAAAUAUAUCAAUCAUUAUUAUUAUCAAGUGUUGUAUUGUAUUUGUAUAUUAUAUUUAUUGAUAUUGAGUUUAUCGAUACCUGGUACAUUGAUGUUAAAUGUUUUAUUUGGAGCUUUGUAUAGUUCCAAUUCUUCUUCUUUGACUUUUCAUUCAAGUGAUAGUGGUGGUGGUGGUGGUGAUGGUCGUGGUGAUCUUAAUAAUAUUGUUAAUUUUAAUAAUAAUAUUGUAAAUAAUAAUAAUAUUGGUGAAUAUGAUAGUACUAACUAUUUCAUGUCAUUGGGUGGAAUUUCAUUUCCUUUUAUAGUUUCUUUAUUAUGUGGUACUAUUGGUGCUAGUUUAGCUUAUUUGUAUAGUCAUCUUUAUUUUGGACGACUUGUCAUUCAAAUACCAUCCAUUCAUUCCAUUUUUAGAAAAUUUCAAAAUUUAUUAUUGAACUAUGAAAACAAAUUAUUCUUUUUAUUACUCUUUCUAAGAAUAUCACCUCUUUUACCAAAUUGGAGUGUUAAUUUAUUAUCACCAUUGGUUGGAAUAUCAUUUCCAUUAUUCUUCAUUACCACAUUGAUUGGAAUUGCACCACAAACAUACAUUUCCGUUCAGAGUGGAAUGUUGAUUCGAAAAAUGAUCAAUGAAUGGAGUAGUGAGAGUGGUGGUAAUGAUAAUGAUGAUUCGAAUGGCAAAUUCAACAUGUCCAUUUCUCAACUAGUGAUGAAACCUCAAACAUUGAUGACACUCUUUCUCAUUUCAUUGUUCACUCUGUUACCCAUUUUGGUGGACAAGUUGUUGUUGUUGGUGGUGGUGGUGGUAGGACAUCAUGAUCGAUCAAAGAAGAAGAAUGAACAAGAGCAUGGAAUUGUGAACAAGGAAGGAGUGAAUGGUCAUAGUCGUGAUGGCAGUAUUGGUGGUGGUGGUGGUGAUAUGAGUCAUAGUGUUCAUGGUGAUGAUGAUCAUUCUCAUGAAAAGAUGGAAUAA